UCAACCCUACUUUGGGACAACGUUUUUUAAACAUUUUCUUUCAUUUUCAGUCUCUCUCCACCGAACCACCAUUAUCACGAGAUUCUUGUUCCUACUCUCCUCCUUUCCUCUUUUCACCUUCCAUCUCUGAUACCUCUCUCUCUCUCUCUCUCUCUCUCUCUCUCUCUCUCAUGCUCUGUUUUGCAAAAACAACUACUCAGAUGCUCUAAAAUUCUCCAGAAUCAAACCCACAUAAAACCCCUGCCACUCCAUUUCCCUUCAAAGAUCAGGUGAAUUGAACAUGGGUAACAUCGGAAGUAGCAACAUAAACGGCCGCCGGAGGAACGGAAGCCGGAGGAGCCACCCGCCGCCGCCGCCACCGCAACCCCCUCAGCCCGAAAUCUCGCCGAACCAAUACGUGUUCGCGGCCCAAACCCCUUACCCUGCCCAAUACCAAAACCCUAACCCCCAUCCGUACUACCAUUACCCGGGUUACUACCCGCCCGCUUUGCCGGCUCCGCCUUUGCCCGCACCUUAUGAUCACCACCACCGUCCGCCGCCGCCGCCUCCACCGCCCCACAUGUACCCGUGCGGGCCCGCGAUGCCGCCGCCUCUGCCGUAUGUAGAGCAUCAGAAGGCGGUGACUAUACGCAAUGAUGUGAAUUUGAAGAAGGAGAGCUUGAGGGUGGAGCCGGAUGAGGAGAACCCGGGGAGGUUCCUUGUUUCUUUCACGUUUGAUGCCACCGUCGCUGGGAGCAUUACGAUUAUGUUCUUUGCGAAAGAGGGUGAAGAUUGUGGUCUUACUUCAACGAAGGAAAACAUGCUCACACCUUUGACUGUGCCUUUCGAACAAGGUUUAGGCCAGAAGUUCAGACAACCUUGUGGGACCGGGAUAGACUUCUCAAUGUUUGAGGGGACAGAAUUACUGAAAGAGGGUGAAAUGGAAGUGUAUCCUUUAGCCGUGAAGGCAGAGGCAAUCCCAGUUAGUCCGAAUGGAUCAGCUGAUGGAAACCCGGAGGGUGGAGCCAGUAACUCUCAAAUAACAAAGGCAGUGUUUGAGAAGGAGAAAGGUGAGUACCAGGUGAGGGUGGUGAAGCAGAUCUUAUGGGUGAAUGGGAUCAGGUAUGAGCUUCAGGAGAUUUACGGGAUUGGAAACUCGGUUGAUAAUGACUUUGAUGGGAAUGAUCCGGGGAAAGAAUGUGUUAUUUGCCUAUCAGAACCUAGGGACACGACUGUCCUUCCCUGCCGACACAUGUGUAUGUGCAGUGGAUGUGCAAAGCUUCUGAGGUUCCAAACAAACCGGUGCCCUAUAUGCCGGCAGCCAGUUGAGAGGCUUCUGGAGAUCAAGGUCAACACGGGGUCCGACGAUUGAAGAAAAAUUGGAUUUCCUGCUGCUGCAUGCUGGAACUCUCUUUCUCCUCAAGAAGAAAGUUCAGCUGUCCAAAAAUGUUUUGGAGAUGGCAAUGAUCUUGACAGGAUAUCAUGACUCAAUCCUAAAGUUGCCCUAAAAUGUAUUGCUAGGUCUUUUACAGAGUUCAUUGGACCAGGAACACAGCAAGCCGUAAGCCAAUGUAUGAUUUGUGCUUGCGUCGGUCCUUGAUCAGUUCUUCGAAAUCAAUAUGAUUUGUUGUAAAAAUAUGUAUGUUGAGUACUUUAUUUACAUUUGAUCUUGGUUUAAUGGUUAACACACUCUACAAGUUGUCAUAUAA